AUGACUACAGGCGAAAGAUUCUAUGUUGAUGGCUACUUUAUAUCUGUAGGAACAUUUGGGUAAUUCCAAAUUUAAAUAUUUUAGUGUGAUCAAUAUAUUUAGUUUUCGAUAUAAAACUAUCAUUAUUGCCUUAAUAUUUACAUCAUUAGUUUGUUUGAGUUUGAUUUCUGAUGUCGAUUUUUGGAAUUAACUAAUAAAAUCAACUAUAUUUACAUCCCUUUAUAUAUAACAUUUGUAUUGUUCAGAAAAGCAAAAAAAGUGUAAUUUUUUAAAUCACUUAAAAAGAAAAACAACCUUGAAAGGUAUUUAUGAUUUAACGAAUAUUUAAACCUUUAUUGUUCAUUAUAAAGUAGAAACUAAGAAAAUUGAAUUAGUGCAGAAAGAUGAUUUGUAAGAGAUUUAAAAGUAAAUGUUAGAUGAUUUUGAUGAUUAUUUAAAUAAUAUGAAAAUACAAUAAUCUAGAAGUUCAGGAAAGUUCACUUCUAUUUUAUGUUAAGAACUUAUAAAUUAAUAAGAAAAAAAGUAAGAAUUGAAGUCGUUUUUGUUUGAAUUAUUUCUAAGAGAUCAGAAAACUCUUAAUUAGGAUGAAUUUGAAAGUGAUUAAAUUUUAGGAGAUGCUAUUUUUGAAUAAGAUUAUUAUUAAGUUUAAAUUAUUAAAGUUUUUGAUAUCCAUCCUUGUUUUAUACUCAUAUUAUAAGAAAAGAAAAAAGAAGUUCAAUUAGAAGAACUUUCUUUAAAAAAUAAAAUUUUAAAAAAAUCACUUGAUUAGACAUCAUAGAUAUUCAAGCAUCAAAUUCGUAUCUCAUUAGUUUAUUUUUAAUGGAUUUAUAAAUAUGCUAAUAAAAAAUAAGAAAUAUUGUUAAUUAAUAGAUGUUUAUAAUCAAUUUAUGGGUAAAUUACAAAAGCAAAUAAUGAAUUUUAAAAUAUAAUUGAUUUUAACACAAUUAAUUCAGACUUUUAAGAAUCAAUUAUUAAAAAGUUUAAUAUUAUUGAUUGUCUUAAUGAAAUAACUAAAAUAGUCAGUUAUCUAGACAUAAAUAAAGAUAUCAAAUUUAAUAUUAUUAAUGAAUUAAGUUUGGAACAAUAAAAUAUAUAAUAAGAUGAGAAAUAACUUAAAUAAUUAUUUUACAAUUUAUUAUUCUUUGUUUAAAAUUCUUCUCAAACUAUAACAAUUACUUUAGAACAUGAUAUUCAUGGGCAACCAAGUAAAUCAGUAAUUAAAAUUAAAAUCAAUUAUUAAGGCCCUAAUCUUAGUAAUUAAUAAUUAUCAGGUUUACAGAUAAUUAAUCCAUAAAAUCUUGGAGAAUUACUUCGUAAUACAUAAAGACCAUUAGAUUUAGAAAUACCAUUAUCAUUAAUGAUUAUUCGUAAGAUCGGACCUUAUGAUAAGAUGCGUCUAGAAUAAGAUAAAAGAACUUAGAAUUACAUAGAGUUUUAUAUAUUUUAAGUUUUAGAGGAAUAAUAUCAUUUAAUUCCUAUUUACUCUUUAAAUCCUCUUAAUUGUUUAUUACUAAGAGAAAAAAAUGCAAAGUUUAAUAAAAAAUUCAAUUCGUUAAAUGUGAAGAUGUAAACAAGUCCUCGCAAACAAGUCUAAAAUUAUAAUGAUUUUUGA